AGGCCGGCGACGUCACAGUGGGCCGGUUGAGCCUUCCUUCGUUCGAAUCAGGCAGGCUCUAUAUUCAUUUUACAUGUAGCAAGGUAAAUAUUGAUAUGCAGUGUCUAAUUUUAAAUGUGUCUAGUGCGUGAAUUAUCAUCAAAAUAUAAUCUUAAAUAAAUUUAUUUAUAAAAUUUUUCAUGCUAAAACGAAAAAAAUAAAAACUGUGCGACAAAUAAAAGCUGUGAAAAAAAUAUAUAAUUAUUAAAUAAACAAAAUUUAAUAUAUAUUUUAUAAAUAAAUAAUUAUCAAUCAAGGACUUGGAAAAAAAAAUUAUGAAGGAUAAAAAAUUAUUAUAAAAGUUUCAACGAUUGACAGUCAGUAUUUCUCGAGGAAUUUUAAAGAUUUUUUUUUAAAUUUAUUUUAUUCUUUGAUGAUGUUUAUUGUGUGUUUGAUGAACGAUGAUACAUCCCACGUUAUAACACGUUGAUCGUCGAUUGUAAAAAUAAAAAAUUAAAAUUAUUACCUCGCAUGUGGAAUUGAAUAAAUAAAUAAACACAAUUGAGGAAAAAAAAAAAAAUUAAAAAAUAACGCAUGACUAAGAAAUCAAUCGUAUAUAUCGUUACACGUAAUUUAAUAAAUAAUUAUUGCGUGAGUGCGAGUGUGAAUGUGUCGUCCAUGUGCAGCAGGGUUUGCGGGUCAGUUCAGACAUGGGAAGUGAGCAUUACUGCCUGAGGUGGAACAAUCAUCAGAGCAAUUUGCUGGGUGUGUUCAGUCAACUACUUGAAUCUGAAUCAUUGGUUGAUGUUACACUGGCAUGUACAGAGGGACCCUCAAUACGUGCACAUAAAGUUGUAUUAUCAGCUUGUUCAAGUUAUUUUCAAACUUUAUUUCUUGAUCAUCCAAAUCGUCAUCCAAUUGUUAUACUUAAAGACGUUAGAUUUAGUGAACUACGUACACUUGUUGAUUUUAUGUACAAGGGUGAAGUUAAUGUUGAAUAUUGCCAAUUAUCGGCAUUAUUAAAAACAGCUGAAAGUCUUAAAGUUAAAGGUCUUGCGGAUAUGACAAAUAUUAAUGCAGCAGUUGCAACAAGAGAUGAACAACAACAUCAUCAUCAUCAUCAACAUCAUCAACACCAUCAACAACACCACCAACAACAACAACAACAACAUCAUCAUCAUAAUAAUGAUGCACCACGUGAAACAAGAAAUGAUACAACGCGAGAAAGAGACAAAGAACAUCGUAUUGAUAAAGAAUAUAAUGAUAAAGAUAAUAUAAAAGAUGAAUUAAAAUUACAAAAUUCCCACAAAGAUCAUAUACAACAAAAUAAACAUAAUUCAUUAAUAAAUCAACAUGUUAAUGACAAUAGUGAAGCUGUUGAUAUGACUGAGUGUCCAUUAACACCAAAAAGAGAAAUUGAUUCAAGUCCUGAAAGGCCACUUGCACUUGAUAGACCAAGAAGAGAUUCUGAUGAUGCUGCUAGUUUAGAUGACACACGUGCAUCAAUUAGUCCAGUAUCAGUGCACAGUGGUCCAAGUGAUAUGUCUCUAACAAAUAACACAACAAUAACAACAGCAACAACAACAGCAGCGACAACAACAACAACUACAUCUUCAUCAUCAUCAUCGUCAUCUUCAUCAUUAAGCAAUAAUAAUAAUAAUUCUACAAGUACAACAACAACAUCAACAACAACAACGACGACGACAACACCACCAACACCAACAACAACACCAGGUGCAUUGUCACAAAGUAGACUUCCGUCCCCACACAGUACUGAACCACUUGCUGGACCAUCUGGCUUACCACCGGUACAACAAGUACCACUUUCACUCAAAAAAGAAAUGGAUUGGGAUAGAUCAAGUGAUGAACGAUGUGCUAGUAGUGAAUUAUCAACAGAUUACAGACUCCCACCAGAUCCGGUGAGUCUUUAUUCGAUGUCAUUGGCACUGGGUCUUGAUGCUGGAGGUUGGGGAGCUCUUGUUGAACGUGCAAGUGCAACAGGCAGUCCUUUAUUGGGCCAACAUGGAUCAAGUAGUAGCCUCGGUGUAGCUGGACUAGCAUCAUUAGCCCGUCGUUGCACAGUAUGCCUAGCAACAUUUCCAUCAGCAUGGUUAUUAGAAAGACAUGCACUAUUACAACACGCUGGACAAUCAAAAGAAGAAAAACCAUUUACAUGUGAACAAUGUGGUCAACGUUAUCGUUAUCGUUCAGCAUAUGUUAAACAUCGUGAACAAAAUCAUCGUGCACGUCUUCCAGCAGAUAAAUUAUUUACAUGUGAUGUUUGUGGUAUGCAAUUUAGAUAUUUAAAAUCAUUUAAAAAACACAGAUUAAAUCAUGCACUUGAACGUCUACAACGUGGUCCAGAAAAUUUAGCAUCUGGUAUAUCAAUAUUAUCGGAAAGAGCUGAACGUAGUGAUCAAGUAUCAAGUACUGGUGAACCAUCACAAUUAGAAACUGGUAGUGAAGCUGCUAGUCCAGCAGCAACAGGUGUUAGUGGUAUUGGUAGUGGUGGUGGUGGUGUUGAUGAUAUAGCUAAAGAUUCAACUGAAACUGGUGAUGUUAAUUCAGAAACAACAAGUGAACAACAUGAUAAUAAUCAAGAUAUUACUGAACAAGCUAUUGAUCUUCAUACUGGAAGAAAUAAUGUUAAUUCAAAUGAUCAAUUAAAUAAUAUUGAUACUGAUAUUAAUAAUAUAACAACUGAACGUGUAUUGAGUAUUGUUAAAGCUCAUCAUGAUACUGAAAAACGUGAACGUCGUUUUGCAUGUCCAUUUUGUGGUAAAUGUGUACGUUCAAAAGAAAAUUUAAAACUUCAUGUACGUAAACAUACUGGUGAAAGACCAUUUGUUUGUUUAUUUUGUGGUCGUGCAUUUGGUGGUAAGAGUGAUCUUACACGACAUUUACGUAUUCAUACUGGUGAAAGACCAUAUCAUUGUGAAAUGUGCGGUAAGUGUUUUGCAAGGGCUGAUUAUUUAUCAAAACAUCUAACUACCCAUAUACAUCAACGUUAAAUCCAAUUUUUUAUUUUAAUUUACUUGUUUUUUUUUUUUUCCAUUUAUUUGAAUAUAUUUAUAUUUUUUUAAUUGCCAUUUAGUUUUUCUUUGAAGAAUAAUUACUUUUUUGCAUUCAGUGUGCUUCCAUAUUUCUUAGAAAUAAUAAUUAUUUAAUUAUUGCGUUGUGAUAUAAGUAUAUAACUAAAUAAUGUGAUUUGUUAUUAAUUAUUCAAACAGUCCAAAUGUAAUUUUUUCAUAUGGAAAUUAUAUUAUUAUACGUCAAUUAAAGAUAAACGAUUUAUUUUUUAUGAUUUUUUUUUUAAUAAUUGAGCUGACUUUGGUCACAAGAAAAAAAUUAAAAAUGAUAAUUAAUAACAGAGCAAUGAAAAAGUGAGUGAAAAUUUAUGGAAAAUUAAAUAAAAUCCUAGAAUACGAUGCUCUAUAUAUAGAUGUACAGAAAAUGAAUAACUUGUGAUAAGAAAUUCUCGAUAGAAAUACCAAAAAACAAACAAACUUCUUUAAAAAAAAAUAUAUGAACAACGAUUAAGUACUAUGAUCUAAAAAUGAUAAAACAAAGUGCAAAAAUUUAUGCAGAAAAAAUAAUAGGAGGCUCAAUAAUGAUUUUUCGGUGGCUAAAUAUAUUACCGGUGGUGACAUAGUUGGUCAUCUUGAUGGAUCAUCUCACAUAUAAUUACACGCGAAAAUAAAAACGAAAAAUAAAACACUUAAAUUUUAUCGACAAAGUGAGAAAUUAAACUACAAGUUAAAUAAAAAAAAAAAUCACUGUAAUAAUUGUGACGUUUAUUUAAAGUAAUAACUUUUCUACAAAAGUUACAUGUAAGAUAAAUAUUUCAAUGAGUUUUAAAAUGAUAUUUAAAAAGUUAAAUAAGUUGCAAAUAUAUGGACGCAACGACGUGUGCAUAAAACGGAAGGACGUGUGACACAUAAAAAAAAAAAUAAAUUAAUAAAAAAUAAUGCCAAGAAAGAAGAGAUAAAAAUAGUAAAAAAAAAAAAGAUUAUUUGUUUAAUAAAUAAUCAAUCCAAUGCGUCCUUCCGUAGAGUGUGCCGGUGCCUUUGAAUCCCGAAAUCCUUUAACGUGGAUAGCAAUAAAUUUUUAUUUUCCUCAUUCAUUUAUAAAAAAAAAAAAAAUACACAAAUACACACACACAUUGUCGCUCACGUACUACGUAAAAUAAAAAAAAAAAUAAAUAAUAAAAAAAAAAAAUCUAUGGAAAGCAAAUAAUGAAUAUUAAUUAAUAAUUUUUUUUUUCUUUUUGGUUUGUUAAAAUGUUGAGGAAUAAAUGUACAAUAUUUAUAUAUGUGUGCAUAUAAAUUAGUUAAUAUUAAUAUUAAUAAUUAUGAUAAUAAGUGUAAAAGCUCAUAAAUAAGUGUGGCUUUAAUUUUGUCCAUUGAAUUCUGUCCGUGUAUAAAUUUUAAUCACCGUAUUAUAAAAUAACAGUUGAAAAAAAAAUAUCAAAAUAGCCAAUUAUUGAAUUGAAAUUUGAAAAAUAAAUAUUUAUUUGAUAAAUGGAUUUUUAAAUUGUUGAUAAAAUAAAUGUAAUUGGUUAUUUUGAUGUUUUUUUUUGCAUACUAGUUAUUGGUGAAUUAAAAAAAAAUGAUUUAAGGUGCUAAUUAAUUAUUUAAGUCCCAAUUGAGUGGGUCGUUUGCCAAUGUUUUAGCAAUGCCAAAGAAUAAUCUGAGUAUGAAAAUAAUAAUACCGUAAUAGAAAGAAAAAAAAUGAAUUUUGAAAGAAAAAAAUAUAUAUUUCCAUCCAAAUGAUUUUGUGGCGAAUAAUAUGUUAUACAAUUAAUUGUAAAAAUAUUUAAGACACAUUUAAAAAUCAUUAUUAUUUGAUGACUAAUUAAUUAUAAUUUUUGAUAGAAAAAAGAGUAGAGAUUAUCAAUAUUGAUGAAUUAUUUUUACCUUUUAAAAAUGUAAGCAAUUCAUCAAUAUUUUAGUCUUUUUUUCUUUUCAACUUUUUCAGUGUUUACAUGAAAAUUCUAUUCGUACGUCUCGUUUUCUCUGUGUAUAUUUCUCCAGCUUCCUUCUAUUGAUUAAAUUUAAAAAUUUAAAAAAAAAACCACAACGAUAAAAGUGCAUUAGACUUGAAAAGAAUUUAAAUAAAAAAAAAACAUAAUUUUCUUUCAUUACAUUUUUAAUAAACUCAGCGAUAAUUAAAUAAAUAAAAUUAAUAAAAACUCCUUGGUGCCGAAAAAAAAAAAAUGAAAAUUGUGUAUCAGGUAUAUGCAAUGCUGUGGAAAAGAAAAAAAAUUUACAACAGAAUUUUAAUUAUUUCAAUAAUUGUUUUUGUGAUUACAAAAAAAAAUUUUUUAAAAAACUGAUCGAUAAUAUGAAAAAACGUCGACAGAAAUUAAAUACCCCAGGAUUUCUAUCACACAUAAAAAAAUUAAAAUUAAUUUAACAAAAAUUUACAUGUUUUUCUGCAUAGAAAUUAGUAAACAUAGUCUAAUAUUUCCGCGUUAUUUAAUUUUAUAUUUAAAUUCAAAUUUCAAAUAAUUACUGACCAAAAAAAAAAUCCAUUAUGUUUUUUUUAAAAAAAAAUCAAUAAUCUUUAAAAUUUAAUUAAAGAAAAAAAUUAAUAAUUAACAAUAAUUAAACUAGAAAAUAAUGUCACAAUAAAAAUAUUAUUUACUUGGCACUUGGGAGUUUUACAGCCAUUUAAACCGCGAUGAUAAAUAAAAUAACAAAACGAUACCUACACAACACCAAAUAAUAAAAAUAUAUUUAUAUAUAUUAUUUAAAUUUUUUUAAUAAUAAGAGUUACAUAGAUUAGAAAAUAUAAAUAUAUAUUUAAUGAAUGUUCCUAUAUUUGUACUCUUAGAAAAAUAUUAAAUGUAUUAUUAUUAUUAUUAUUAUAUACAUAUAUCGAUAUUCGAUGGUGAUUUAAAAUUUCUAUACUAAAAAAAAAACCAAAUAACAUAAAAAAAUGAAAAAAAAAAAUUACUAAUACUGAGUGUCUAGAAUUUAGAAUAAAAUAAAUUGUAAAAUUAAAUUUUGACGAAAAAAAAAAAAGUGACAUUGCUACCAAACAAGUAGUUUUAAAUUGAAAAUUCAAAAAAUGUUUUUUCAAUUAAUUUGGAUAUGAAGCUACUGAAAAAAUAAAAAAUAAAAUAAAUAAAAUGUGAAUUGAAAAUUUUAGAAAAUACAGAUACACUCAAGCAGAAAGAAACCAUUUUAAAAAAUAGGGAGAAUUAUAAUAUGUAAGCAGGUCGCGUGUGGCGGAGGCAAGGGUCUUCCUAUUUUGACUGAACGAUCAGAUGUGAUAUACGUGUAAGAAUAUAAAAAAAAAAAAUA